AUGAUUUGGUCAAUUUCUCAGGAAGCCUUGAAAACUAGGAUGAAGCAGCGAAACGAAGCACACGCCCUGUUGGCGUCCUUGAGCAGCCUUGUCUUGGGGCAAUGUCCAAACAUUUUGGAUUUCCAUCGUGACGAACUCUCGCCCAUACGUAGGCUCCCCCCAGAGAUCAUUCGUAUCAUAUUCCUCUUCUGGGCCUCCGACAGGCAUUUUUUUCAAUCCCCCACUUGUGUCUCUCCAAGUGUUUUGACUGGCGUUUGUGUUUCCUGGAGGAAUAUUGCAUUCGGUAUGCCCGAAUUAUGGUCCUUGAUAGUGGUCGAGAUACGGAAUGGGAAGUUUUACCCUGACAAACGGACCAUUGAAAAGUGGAUCAAGCGCUCUGGCUCCUACGCGCUUUCUUUCUCUAUUGAAGAAAGAGACCCAUUGUUUCACAGCAACCUUACAGUACGACUUGGUCCUGUCCUGCGCACCCUGCUAUAUGGCGAUACAAACCCUGACCACUCCGCUGAAUCACCAGUCGCGUCCAUGCUCAAUCUCUUCAUUCCCCAUCACUUUCGAUGGCAAAAAAUCCUUCUGAGAUACAAAAAUGCAUGGAAUGGGAAAGUUGGGUUCGCUUCCCUCCCCAGGAACGCCACGUAUCCUUUACUUGAGGAGGUACACUUAUAUGAAAAUCAUUCCUUGUGGGCACUGGAAGAUGUGGACCGCAUUAAAUCCAUGAUGAUCUCCGCACCACGGCUCCAUUCCAUCAGCUGGCUGAGCCAGAAAUCAUACGCGACGCUCGCCUUUCCCUGGGAGCAGCUCACACACUUCACGCUGGGCUCUCCCACCGUUGUGGACAAAGGCCUAUGUAUCCUUGCGACCUGCCCUCAUCUCAAAUCCCUGGAACUGAUGCUCCUUCCCAUGUUCCCCGUCUCUAACGACGGUGACCCAUUUGUCCACAACACUUUACAACACCUUCAUCUAAGUGCUGUAGGUAACUUGGCAGCUUUCUUUGACAAAGUCACUUUACCAGCUUUGAAGAAUCUAUCGCUCUCCGAAUUACAUGGAACCGCACCCGACCCCCCUAUACACCUGGGCCGCUGGCCACAAUCCCAGUUCCUCGCAUUCCUCCUACGUUCAGGUUGCAACAUCGAGCAAUUCAUCAUUGAUGAGUGUGAUAUCUCCGCAGAAGAUUUAGCAGAGUGCCUCGCACAUCCGCAGAUAUCAAAAUCAUUGGGUUCGUUGUCUAUCAUGGAAGGUCACCUAAAGAAUCUGUGCGUGACGGAUGAGGUGCUUAGGCGGUUGACGUAUACCCCAUCGGAGACCAUCUGUCCAAAUCUCACGGCCAUCAAGCUGUGGGGAUGCAUUUCCGCCCAGGAUGGAAAGGUCGCGGAUAUGGUUGAGUCGAGGUGGUUAUUCAGGACCGAGGGAUGCCCCAUCAUGCAACUGAGGACGGCAGUAAUAGGGUUUUCCCCUGGCGCAUGUCAUACGGAGGAUUGGAGUCGGUUGGUGGCGUUGAACAUAAAGAGGUUCGGGAUCACACAUAGUCAACUGUGA